UGUGUGCUGCGCCCACAGGAGAUGCUGCAGGAGAAGGGCCUGUCGGAGAGCGAGGAGGCCUUCCGGGCCCCGGCCCCAGCGCUCGGGGAGGCCAGCACGGCCAGCACGACCACCACCCGCGAGCCGGAGCUGGCCGCGCCGGGCCUCAGCGGAACCCCGCUCGGCAGUCCCCGGGGCCCCGGCGCCGACGUCGCAGCAGCUGCCGCAGCCGAGCAGACCAUCGAGAACAUCAAGGUGGGGCUGCAUGAGAAGGAGCUCUGGAAGAAGUUCCACGAGGCGGGCACCGAGAUGAUCAUCACCAAGGCGGGCAGGAGGAUGUUCCCCAGCUACAAGGUUAAAGUCACAGGCAUGAACCCCAAGACCAAGUACAUCCUGCUGAUUGACAUCGUCCCUGCGGAUGACCACCGCUACAAGUUCUGUGACAACAAAUGGAUGGUGGCAGGGAAGGCAGAGCCCGCCAUGCCAGGAAGGCUCUAUGUCCACCCGGAUUCCCCUGCCACUGGGGCCCACUGGAUGCGGCAGCUGGUCUCCUUCCAGAAGCUGAAGCUGACAAACAACCAUCUGGACCCCUUUGGCCAUAUCAUUCUCAACUCCAUGCAUAAGUAUCAGCCACGGCUACACAUCGUGAAGGCUGACGAGAACAAUGCUUUUGGCUCCAAAAACACUGCCUUCUGCACCCACGUCUUCCCAGAGACUUCCUUCAUCUCUGUGACCUCCUACCAGAAUCACAAGAUCACACAGCUGAAAAUUGAGAACAACCCUUUUGCCAAGGGAUUCCGGGGCAGUGAUGACAGUGACCUGCGUGUGGCCCGGCUGCAGAGCAAAGAAUACCCCGUGAUCUCUAAAAGCAUCAUGAGGCAGAGGCUCGUGUCCACCCAGCUCUCGGCCAAGCCCGACGUCAGCCCCUUGCACGGCGCGCACCAGGCCCUCCAGCACUACCAGUAUGAGAACGGGGCUCACAUGCAGUUCGCCACGGCAGAGCCCCAGGAUCUCCCCCUCAACACCUUCCCAACCCAGAGGGACUCCAGUCUCUUCUAUCACUGCCUGAAAAGACGAGCAGAUAGUGCCCGCCAUCUGGACUUACCCUGCAAGCGUUCCUAUCUGGACGCUCCCUCUGCGGUGGGGGAAGAUCAUUAUUUCCGUUCUCCCCCUCCAUACGACCAGCAGAUGCUGAGCCCCUCCUACUGCAGUGAGGUGACACCAAGGGAGGCCUGUAUGUACUCAGGUUCUGGGCCCGAGAUCGCUGGGGUGUCCGGGGUGGAUGACUUGCCCCCACCCCCACUGAGCUGUAACAUGUGGACGUCAGUCUCCCCGUACACCGGCUACAGCGUUCAGACAAUGGAGACGGUGCCUUACCAGCCCUUCCCCGCGCACUUCACUGCCACCACUAUGAUGCCUCGGUUGCCUGCUAUCUCGGCUCAGAGCUCCCAGCCGCCAGGAAACACCCACUUCAGCGUCUACAACCAGCUCUCACAGUCUCAGGCCCGAGAGCGGGGGCCCACUGCCUCUUUCGCCAGGGAGCGCGGCCUCCCCGCCGUGUGCGAGAGGAAGCCGCCCUCUCCACACCUGAAUGCUGCCAACGAGUUCCUCUACUCUCAGAGCUUUUCCUUGUCCCGGGAAGCUUCCUUACAGUAUCAUUCAGGAAUGGGGACUGUAGAGAACUGGACUGACGGAUGACUCCCCCGUCUCAGCGCAGCCCCAGGACCGCGUUAACCCAGUACUAGCCUCUGUGGGUGGCCUGCACUACCAAGACACAAGGGAAGGUAUUCCAAAGGGAGGGGCGUGUGUGUGUGUGUGUGUGUGUGUGUGUGUGUGUGUGUAGAGCAUCUGUCUUCUGACCUAUGACUGUGGUCAUGAUGAGGGAAAAACCCACAGUUACCUAAGAAAUUAACCUGGCUGCAGGACCUGGGUGCGUUGUUAUCUGACAUCUCUUGACAUACCCACGGGUGGGGCGGGAGUGGAGAGGUCAUAUGAGUUAUUUAAAGGUUUUAUUAUAUAAUCUUUAAUUUACUCAGGGGGGCAGGUGAUGAGGUCUCCCCUACAGGGAAAGUUGGGGGAAGAGUCUCCUCGCUGGGGUGGGAGGGCUCCGUGCACAUCUUAGGGCCCUGACCUGUUUGCAAGGGGA